UUUCACAUUUUCUUAAUAAUAAUAACAAUAACAACGAGAAGCGUUCUAAUUUGCGUUCAGUGGAGUGUGGUUGUGUGUUUUGUGACAGUUGAAUGGUAGCGCGUGAGUGGUUGCGGUGCUCCUCCGUGAGAUGUUGCCGGCGGUGAGAAUAUCCCGGUACCGGAGGAGAAGAUCCAAUUGAGAGAGAGAAAAUGGAGCAUCCGAAGAGCCAGAGCAAGCUAACCAGAACCCACUCCUCGCUCCUCAGUUCUUCCCCCACAAUUCGAUCAUCCAUUCACAGCCUCUCAUCCAUGAACAAAGACGAACUCCUCCUCGAUUAUGACGACAAGAACAAGAAAAACAACAAGAAACCCCAAACCCCUCGAACCGGUUCGAGCCGGGUAACCACUCCGGUUCUGGCGGUUGCUUCGCUCGGUUUUCUGUGCGCCUCCUCCUUCUCCAUUUACCUCAUCUACUUCUUCUACCUCGAGGUUCCCACCUCGGAAAACGUGUUGCUGGCGCUGAUUUUCAUCGCGGUGGCACUCUACUUCGCGUCCAAGAACAAGGGUCUCAUCCACCGGUCGCUUUCGGUGGUGAAGCAUUCGUGGGAGGAGCACGUGAAGCGGUUGGGGUUUUCGAAGGCGCAGGCGAAGCCGGUUCAGUGGUUUAUCGGUGACUCAGGGGGAACAACGAAGGUGAAGAAGGAGAAGAUAGUAAGGGAAGGUGUGGAGUUUUACAGCAAUGGGGAUUUCUACGAGGGGGAGUUUCAUAAGGGGAGGAGUAAUGGUAGUGGGGUUUACAAUUACUUUGUGAAUGGGAGGUAUGAGGGUGAUUGGGUUGAUGGAAGGUAUGAUGGGUAUGGGAUUGAGAGCUGGGCCAGAGGGAGUCGCUAUAGGGGUCAGUAUAGGCAAGGAUUGAGGCAUGGUUAUGGGGUUUACAGGUUCUACACCGGUGAUUCUUAUGCUGGAGAAUGGUGUAAUGGUCAGAGUCAUGGUAUGGGACUUCAGACUUGCUCCGAUGCUAGCUGUUAUAUUGGUCAGUUUAAGUAUGCUGUCAAGCACGGACUUGGUUGUUACCAUUUUAGAAAUGGAGAUAGAUAUGCUGGAGAGUAUUUUGGAGACAAAAUACAUGGAUUUGGGGUUUACCACUUUGCCAAUGGACACUGCUACGAGGGAGCAUGGCAUGAGGGUCGUAGGCAAGGUAUUGGCUCAUAUACUUUCCGAAACGGCGACAGAAGGUGUGGUGAAUGGGAUGCUGGCAACCUCAAGCAUCCUCUACCACCACAAUCUGAUGCUGUCCUCAGAGCAGUUCAGGCUGCCAGGAAAACAGCAGAGAAUGCUAUAAACCUUAGGCGGGUUGAUGAUCAGGUUAACAAAGCAGUAAUCGCUGCUAACAAGGCUGCAACUGCUGCUAGAGUUGCUGCUGUGAAAGCUGUUCAGAACAGGAUGGAUGGAAAAUUUUGCGAUACUGAUGUCUAAGAAUUAGUUAGAUGUUAGCUUUUGUUUGGAAUUGUAAAUUUUUACUAAUUUUGAGUACUUGGAAGAUGUCACCCCGGUGAGCAAAUGCUUAUUGGUGGUUGAAGAGAAUAUGUUUUGAUGUUUGUUUCACCACACUGUAACUUGUACAUAAACCAUUGUAUAUCAAUGAAAGAUGAAUUU